GCAGACGGUCUGCGCGCACCUCCAGACGAGGCGGAUGCGGCCUCUUCGGCCGCGGCAGCUCCGAAUGCAGGCGAACCGAUGGGGCGCUCGAAGCCGCCUUUCCUCGCGAGGAGGAGCAGGCGGCCGUGGGCAUGGCUCGCUCUCUUUCCCCACGACCCCCGCUCGCAUCCACCACAUUUCACUCUCGAUGGCCUUUCAAGUUGUGCUAGCUUGGCGGCUUCCAAAUGGAUGGAUUGCAUUCCUCGGGAUGAUAGAACUUGCAAUCCAAGCUAUCUGGAGGUGUAGAGAUAAGUGGCUGGCCCAAUUUGUGUAAUUUUCCCCCGCGUCCAAGGCAUAGGGAGCUUACCUAAUUCGAUUUAUUUAUAUUCACAACACCCCUGUGUGGUAGGCCAGGUUGGGAAUCGGUUAACUUCAUGGCCAAGUGAGGACUAGAGUCCCAGUCCAUCACUGUAAUCACUACACUGCUGAACCUCAGGGCUGAGUGGGAAUUUGAAUCUGGGCCUGGACAAGUUGCUCUACCCAUCACACCAUAGUGUCUACAGUAUUUCCUGUGCAAAGUGUUUCUCUUUUUUAAUGUGUGGAUGCUCAAUACGUCCUCUGCGCACAAAAUGACUGAUGCGAGACUCCAAACCUUCACAUUUGGGGCGGUCCAUUAAUGGAACAGGAUAGCCAUCAUGCAGCGGACUUGGUGAUAGAGGAAUGCCUGGCCUGUCACUUCAAACUGAAUGAGUAAUUAUAAGAAGUAAUGGAAGCCCUGAUGAAACCCAGCCGGUACCAGUGGUCUUCUAUGGAGCAUGAAGAUUCGCUCAAAGAAGUGGCAAAGGCCUUUAUUCGCCUUUGUGCUGAAUGGGGAGAUGGAGACAGCCCAAGGCAGCCUCUUAUCACCCAUCAGGCAGACCCCUACACAAAAGCCUCAGUGGCCUCUGUGGCCAGACCCACACUUCCUGUGAUGGUCAAGCAUCUUCCAACACAAACUAACUUGCAGUCGGAGACUCCUAAGGAUUCUAGAGUUUCUAGGAAACCUGUGAUGAAAAGGAAGGUACUUAGGCGAAGGCCUGAUGGAGAAGUGCAGGUGACAGAUGAGUCAGUCAUCAGUGAACCAGAAUCAACCAGUCCAGUUGACCCCGAGUAUGCAGGUCUGAGUCAGAGAAUGUACAACCUUAAUACCCAGCAGGAAGAGGAAGACUCUGUGGAGGAGACUGAGCCAAACAGUUCCCCAGAAUCUGAGGUUCCCUAUUCCUGGAGAGCGACAGAUGAGAGCCAGAGCCUGAGCUCUCAAAGGGAGAGCCAGAGCUGUACAUCCUAUGAGCAGGACUUGAUUCUUGCUGGCCACCCAAAGUCCUUCAUAAUACCGAGACUAGAGCAACCCAGCCGAAACAGAAUGAAGACUGAUCGGGUAGCACGUUACUUGGAGCAUAAGCAUGACUGGGAAACACUGCGGCUGCCAGGUGAGGAUCUGAGGAAGGGUGUGCGCUGGAGCAUCCGGGAGCAGAUGCUCUACAAGUCAGAAAUGCCUCCUCGACCUCAGCAUAUUUAUAUCCCCAACAAUUAUAUGGUGCCUACAGAGAAGAAGAGAUCUGCCCUGCGCUGGGGAAUACGCUGUGACCUGGCAAAUGGUGUGAUACCUCGGAAGUCCUACUCCUCCUAGAAAGCCAGAGCCUCUGACAGGACUGUGUAUUGAUCAGCAUAACUCAAAUAAGUAGCCACUCUGACCAGGGAACCAAGCUAUUUUGAUAACAUUGAACCCCAAAUUCUGCAUAUUGGUUUUUACUCUAUCCUUGUUUGUCAGAGUUGUGUUUCUGGGCAGGAAAGGACAUUACUUGCCCAUGUUUUAAGAAAAACAGUUGCCCCAUACUGGAUCAUUUACAUGUAAAUAAUGUCCUUUAAGAAGCCAAGUAGAAGAUGAACCAAGGCAUGCUGAAAUCUUUGUCAAGGAAAAUAAACUUUGUUUUCAUUGCAAGAUCUUUCAAAACACAUUCCUUUUCUAAACCAGUGAGCAUCUUGUAUGCCACUAUUUUUUAAAAUGUUUAACUUCUGGAUACUAUUAAACAUGUGAAAUAAAAAAUCCUCUCCAUUC